AAUUCACUGACGUGUUUCCGUUGCCCGACAACGACAGUAAAGGUCCGUGUGCCCCAUAGAUUAUAAACAUAAAUGAUAACCGUUCUCAGUCCGCGUUGAUAACGCCGAUCGUGUCUGUUGUUGUUCUGUUUGAGUACGAUCCCGGUGUUCGAAAUUAUCGACGACAAGAAGUAACGACAACACGAUUAUCUGGUGCUGAGAAACUGAGAAUAACAAACGAUCGCUCAAAACAAAGACAAGACGCUCCGGACAAUGAUCGACGACGGACGUGCUACGACGUCUCGCCGGUUGCCGAACAAUAAAAGUUCAUCAAUCACCGAAAGUUCGCUGGCGCACCAGUGAGCAGUAGAGGUCAGCGGUAGUGUGUCUUUCUGACCAAUAACCAACAGCUCAGAGGAGAAGAUGUCGCUCCGUUGUGUUAACUGUUUGUUUAUGCUGGUGGUCAACGUUUGUCUAUACAUGAGCGUCGUGUGUUUCUUCUCGUCUUCAAGUUCAAUCGUCAAUAGUCACAUUGACAACAGUUGGCUCAACGAGUUAAAAGGAAAUAUCGACGAGACAAACAGCACAGUAGAAAUCGUUGAUAAGUUUAAUAACUAUCAAAUAUACCCUCGUAUUAUCAGUAUUGUUUCAAAAGAUUAUUUUAAAUUUUUUAAGGUAAAUCUACGUAGAACUUGUCCAUUUUGGUCGGACGACAGCAAAUGUGCUAUGAGAUAUUGCCAAGUGGAAUCCUGCCAGUUGGACGAUUUACCCAUAGGUUUGAAAGGGAGUCGUCAUAGUUUAGUAGAUGAAGAUAUGUCGAUUAAGUAUAUGGAAGGACCACAACAACAAGAGUGUGAAGAAGCAAUGCAAGACGAAUUGGGUUACAUUAACACAACUAUAAGUGCUGCAGCUAUGGAGGAUUUUGCUCUCUGGCAGGCCCAUGACGAUAUACAAGACAUGUACUGUACACUACCGGACGAUGAUGGGGAAGCCGAGUAUGUUGACCUAUCUUUAAAUCCUGAACGAUAUACCGGAUACAAAGGACCUUCGGCUAAUCGCGUUUGGAAUACAAUUUACAUGGAAAACUGUUUCAGGCCAAAAAAUUUGUUUGAAGUCUACAUUAUAUCAGCAAAGUUGACUGGAAUGUGUUUGGAGAAACGAGCAUUUUAUCGAGCAAUUUCGGGUCUUCAUACAAGUAUUAAUAUCCAUCUUAGUGCUCAAUAUCUAUUAUCAGAUAAAGGAUCGACAUUUUUGAACCCAUGUGGCACCGGUUUUUGGGGUCCAAAUGCUGAGGAAUUUGAACGUAAGUUUGGUCCUAAGUACACAAGAGGCGAGGGCACACAGUGGCUCAGAAAUUUAUAUUUCUUGUAUCUCGUUGAACUGAGAGCAUUACAAAAAGCUGCACCCUUACUCAAACAAGUAGAGUAUUAUACAGGAAAUGAUAAAGAGGAUGAAGCCACUCGACUGGCUGUCCACAAUUUCUUAGGAAUUAUCAAAAAAUUCCCACAACAAUUUAAUGAGCAUACAAUGUUUUUGGGUGGACAACAGGCACAAAAGUUAAAAGAAGAGUUUCGUCUUCAUUUCCGUAAUGUAUCAACCAUUAUGGAUUGUGUGGGAUGUGAUAAAUGUAGACUGUGGGGAAAACUUCAAGUACAAGGAUUGGGAACAGCUCUGAAAAUAUUAUUUUCAAAUAAAGCGCGAAUGAAUGGAUAUAAUGAAUUGUCUACCACUGUCAACAAGCACACAUUGCAAUUGGAACGUAGUGAAAUUGUUGCUCUCUUUAAUGCGUUUGGAAGGUGAGAAAAAUUGUCUUAAUUAUUUGUAAAUUUGUUAUAAUAUUAUAUAUUUAUUUUAAGAUAUAAUGUUUAUGUCUAAAAGUUAUAACUA